CGGGGGUGCGCGGGAAAAAAAUCUGAAAAAUGGAGAAAAAAGGUGGAAAGAAAGUUUCUUCAAAAAACAGCAAAACCAGUUCACACUCAUCUCUCUAUCUGUAUGGAUCAGCUAGUAGGUUGGGACCAUCUCCACUUUCUUCUGCUGGUCUCCCUUCUUCUUCAUUAGCUUCACGUCCAGCUCCUUCUACUGAACGGAAAAGAAGACGUCACGAGGAGACGCUUGGUAAAACUUUUGUCAUAAAAACCUCAAAAUUGAAGAACAGCCCAAGAAUUAAGUAUUUGACGAGAAAAUACUCUCAAAUAUGGUCUAAAAAAACUUUUGGAAGAGUUUCUCCACUCGUUGCUAGACAGCACUACAGGACACGCCUCCUUCGCAAAAUAAUUAUGGGAUGGAAGGAGGUUUGGUGGGAGGGGCAUAGAGAAUGGAAACUAAUGAUUAGGGCCGAGUGUCAUGACAGGUAUAGGCUGUGGGGGAGGGGCUGGAAAGGAUGGAGAAGAUUUGUCGAAAGUAAAAAAGAGGGAAGACUUGAAAUGAGAAAAGCAAAAGAUUUUGAGUUUAAGAAACUCUUGAAAUGUCAUUAUUCGUUGUGGAAUAAAAGAUUGAAGGAGAAUAAAGAUUUGUCUCUAUUGGCAUUAAAAGCAGAGUCUUUCCAUCAUACUACAAUGAAGAGGAGAGUCUUGAGCAGCUGGAAGGACUGGAAGAGAACAUGUGAUAUGAAAAAGGAGAAGACCGAUAUAGCCUCACUUCAUUAUAAUAAACAACUCGUUAAUAAAUAUUACUGUCGUUGGGUCUACAUGUCACAGAGCGUAUCCAUGGCAACGAAUCAUCAGAGGUUAAAGCUUUUGAUGAUGGUUGUCAUGAAAUGGAGAGAAUACGUUGACACGAGACAUGACAAGCUGAAUGAGAAAGAUAAAGCUGUAUUAUUUUACAAAAGAUUGCUACUCAAUCAUUAUUUCCGUUACUGGAAGAACUCUCUGCAGCAAGAGAUGAAAUGUCAGGACUAUCAAUACCAGAGGACAACCUGUGUCUUGAAACGAAUAAUAAAAGCUUGGAAAUCACGUAUCACUUAUAGACACUCAAAAAAUGACCGACUAUUAAUGGCCACUUCAUAUUACAACAUCAAAUUAAAACGAGCUGGUAUUAAAGGUCUUCAAAAUUAUCAUCGCUCACAAUUGCACAGUAGAGCCUUGCAUAACAAAGCAAUGAAGCACAAUAUACUAAUAUGUUUGAGAAUGUCAUGGUUGAAGUGGAUCGGUCGUUGUGAGCAAUCUGAAGAUAUCAAGUUGUAUCCAAUGACAAAGAAAGCUAGGGAACAUCACUGCAUUAAAGUGUAUGUUUAUUACUGGAAGAGAUGGAGGGUCUACAUUGAAUAUAAGAAGUUCAGAGGUGCUCAGCUAGUGAGAGCUAUGAGGCACUACAACAGCAAAAUCCUCCCAAUUAUAUUAUUGUGUAGAUAUUUUGGUGCUCUAAAAAACAAUGUGACAAGAUGCCGGACAAAGAGAGAUAUGAUAUUAAGUUCUGAGGAAUUCAGAGAGAGAAUAUUAAUAUCACAGUAUUUUUAUCAGUGGUUGAAGGUUUAUGGUUUGAAGAUUGAAGAAAGAGAAUCUAUUAGUGUUGCAGUGGAGUAUUCUCAGGAAAGGCUUUUGAAGAGAUUUUUAGGAACUUGGAGGAAGAAGCUACUCACUCUUUAUUCUGUUGCGAAACUCGAAACUGUUGCUCAAGCUCAUCAGAAGCAUCAAGUGUUGUCUAAUUCCUUGAGAAAGUGGCGGAAUAAAUUACUCAGCGUUCAAAAAAGCGAGUCUCAUUAUGAUAGACGUCUUUUGAAGUGGGUCUGGUCUAAUUGGAGAGAAUAUUUGGCCAGUAAGAAGGAGGUGCGGUCAGUUUAUAAUGUUGCCGUUCAGUUUUGGUGUCUUUCUGUUUUAAGAAGGUGCAUGGGAGCUUGGAAAAGUUAUUGUAGCAUAAGUAAAAUGAAGAGAGCAAAUAUUUUAAUAGCAAAUGAACAUUAUCACAAAAUACUAGCAAGUAAUACUUUGCAUGACUGGAAGGUUAAUGUGGAUAACAUUCGAAGGAGGCGGAGACUAUUAACAAUGUCACUAGUUCACAGACACAAGACACUACUGAUUGCACACUGGAGGAUAUGGAGGCAGUCUGUGAUUAGGAGAUUAGAAGAGAAAGCUGUAGCUCAGAGUAAAGUCACUGUAUUAAGGACUGCUCUUGAUCAUAUUAUUUUGAGGGAUGUUUUUGUUGUUUGGUUGAAGCAUGCUCAAGAUAGAAGAUCGUAUCGUGUCAUGAGAGACAAAGGACAUAAAUUCAAACGGAGAAGAUUGCUAGCAGUUUCUUUUAAAGGAUGGCUCUCCCAUCACAGCACUCAAGUCAAGCAAAGAGAGUUGACCAGAAAAGGUGACUAUUUCAAUAAGACCAGACUGAUUUCUUCACAUUAUUUGAAAUGGAGAGUACAAUUUAUGGAGACGUUAGUCAAUCGCCAUCAAACCACACUCUCUCUUUACCACUGGGGCAGGACAUUGGAAAGAAAGCUGCUGAGGAUUUGGCAUUUUUACGCCAAAGAAAAGAAGAGGCAAAGGGGGAGGUACCUCGUUGCCAUGGAAACAUAUCGUUCUCACCUCUUAGUGUCUGGUGUUACCCAAUGGAUUGAAGUUGCGUCUGUUAUGAAGGCUAAUCGUUGCAGUAUCGCAAUGAAACAGAAUAUUGAGUCAAACUCAAAACUCUGGGAGACUGUGAGAAGAUGUGCCUCUCACUGGAGGAGACUGACCAAUCAGAAUAGAGGAAAGGAGAACGUUGGGGCGUUGCCUAGCAACGUGCCUAGUCACCAUGACAACCACCAAGUGCCCAAAUAUGGAAGUCAUUCAGUGAAUAAGAGGUCGGCUCCAGUUGGUGAUUGGAAUAAUUUAAUGAGCGAAAUUAAGAUACCUUUAAUUAAUACUCGGAGACCACACCCACGCUGUCCGACAUACCUGACCACGCCUUCUUUUAAUACCAAACCAUUACCAGUAGUUCAUUCUAAGCUGCACCUACCUGCCCCUCCUACCAAAUCACUUAAACCACACCCAUCAUCAUCGGAUUCAGUUGUACCUUUGUCAUUCGAGCCACACCCCUCAUCUCCACCCACAAGAACAAACUCUGAUAUGUUUCUCUCUAUUUCAACCGAGAGUGGUUUCCAUAGCGACAGAAAACCUCACCCAUCAUCAGACCCUGCCCUUUUAUUACCGAUCCAGUGCCAGUUGCUCCCUCCAUCAGCUUUCACAAGUAAAAGGAACAUUUGUUAUGUGAAGAAAAUGUAAAUAAUAAAAAUAAAAAAUAAUGUUCAAAUUUUGAACACAAAAUAUGUAAAUUAAUAAUAAUG